AAUUUUAUGCCCGUACAUAAACGCACGCUCUUUGCAAUUGUUGACAUUCUGGUAAAUAUACUCAUAUCUGAAGAAGUCAGUCUGUUAGAACCGGUACCCAAACAUUUAAGUACCUUCACAAACAACAAUUAAGGUGUCCUAUCUCUAAUUCUUAUCAAUUAGUGACAAUAAUAAUUUUUGAGUGUGCUGUUAGGAAUAUUUUGAAGGGUUUGUGUUGUGAAAUUUGUUUGUGAUGGAAUUAGAUGUACUUGGUCCCAAAUUUAGGGUUAACAACACUUUUGAUCACAUUGAAUUUCAAAAUGUCUCAUUUACAACAAAAGAGAAAAAAGGAUUAAAAAAAAUUAUUGAUGGAGUGUCUGGAAAAUUUUAUUCCGGUCAGCUAUCAGCAAUUAUGGGUCCAUCUGGGGCCGGAAAAACAUCUUUACUUAACGUUCUCACCGGAUAUCAAAAGUCGGGAACAUCCGGUAUAAUAAAAUGUAACAGUCCGACAAAAAGAAAAAAAGGAAAUUUGCAGUAUAGAAAAGAAUCCUGCUAUAUCCUACAGGAUGACAGCUUGCCACAGUUUUUCACAGUUCAAGAAUGUAUGAUGAUGGCUUGCAAUCUCAAAAUUGCCAAUUUAUCUAGCAAAUCAAAGGAAUUCCUAAUCAACGAUAUUUUGAAUAAUUUAAAUUUAACUAAAUCUAAAAAUACGAGAGUCCAAAGCUUGUCUGGUGGGCAGAAAAAAAGGCUCUCAGUAGCGUUGGAAUUAGUGGAUAAUCCUCCCAUUAUGUUUUUAGAUGAACCUACUACCGGCCUUGAUAGUGCAUCCACAACUCACUGUGUAGAAAUGCUAAAAAGAUUAGCCCUUGGUGGAAGAAUCAUUAUUUGUACCAUACAUCAACCUAAUGCAAGAUUAUACGAAACGUUUGAUCAAAUUUACAUGAUGGCCAAAGGAAGAUGCGUUUAUCAAGGAGCCAGCACGAACACCGUCCCAUUUUUGUCCUCUGUGGGACUUAAUUGUCCCCAGUAUCAUAAUCCCGCAGAUUUUAUCAUGGAAGUUGCAAGUGGAGAUUUUGGAGAUUACAUAGAUGUUUUGGAACAAGCAGCCCAAGAAACUAAAUGGAAAUAUGUACCCACGAUUAGAAUAAACGACACUAGAGAUAUAAUUAGUGACGAUAUAGUAUAUGCAGAGCAAAGUAAUAAUACCUUGGAAACGCCAUCAGAAUGGAGUAGAUUCUUGGUGUUAUUAAAAAGAAGCGCUAUACAACUUUAUAGAGAUUGGACAAUAUCCCAAUUAAAGCUGGUUCUUCAUGUGUUAGUGGGACUAUUUUUAGGAAUAACUUUCCAAAGCUGCGGCCGAGACGCCACCAAAGUUUUUAAUAAUUUGGGAUUUUUAUUAUGUGGAUUAGUUUAUCUAACGUACACUUCUAUGUUACCAGCAGUAUUAAAAUUUCCUUCAGAAUUAACGAUAUUAAAGAAAGAAAGCUUCAAUAACUGGUAUAAACUUCGAACAUACUAUGCUGCUUUUUUAAUUUUCGACAUACCUCAGCAGAUUUUAUUUAGUUUUGUAUAUUGCAUAUCCUCAUACUUUAUAAGUGACCAACCCAUGGAAUGGAUCCGAUUUUUGAGGGUUCUAUUCAUACACGUAUUGGCAUCUCUGUCAUCUUCUGGCUUCGGAUUAAUUCUGGGUACCGUCACAGAUCCGACUAAUGGAAUAUUCUUCGGCGCAGUUGCCUUAGCUCUGAUGCUUUGCGUGGGAGGAUUUUUGAUUAUAUUUACGCAUAUGUCCAAUAUAAUGUAUCUGUUAACAUACAUAUCAUUUCUGAGCUUUUCAAUGGAAGGUCUGAUGGAAGCGAUAUAUGGCUAUCAGAGAGAACCGCUUUAUUGCUCAGAAGAUGCAGAGUACUGUCAAUAUCUCUCGCCCAAAUUAGUACUCGAAGAUAUGGGAAUGAACAAGGAGAAUUACUGGAUAGACAUCGCUUAUCUUUUCGGAACUUUCAUCCUUUUCAGAUCAAUAGCGUUUUGUACGUUGAAGAAAAAAUUAUCUAAUGCUUAAAAAUUAACUAGGUAAUAAAUGGUGGCAUUUAAAUUUUUUUCUGAUUAUUAAAAUAAACUAUUGGCUUUAAUGAUGUCGUUUUUAGAGAAGCAAAAUAAGUUUAAUCGGAAAAAUAUUGAUAUUUGCCGCUAGGAUGUGUAAUUUAUUUUUUGUUUUGUAAAAUAAUUGUAAAUAUAUUGUUAUUUUGAAAUGUUAUAGUAUUAAAUUAAUUAAUUAUAAUAAAAGAUUAUUUAUUGCAAAUGAAAACUAAAAAAUAGGUGGUGUAAGCUUUUAAAUACAAUGAUCCAAAAAAAAAAAAAUUAGGAAAUAUAUAAAUUAAUUGGUAAGAUUCUUUAAAGAUAUAAAUCACUCGAUUUGCGAAGGCAUUGUUAGAUUUUAUUUUUAUUUAAAUAAUAAAAUACUUUCUUCAUAGAAUUAGUUUUUCCAGUGAUUCUAAAUGUCUACGGUACAACCCGAGAAUACCGAUCAAAGAGAAGCGACAGUAGCUGUCGGUGUCUUUGAUAUCGAACGGACCUUUUUCACAGCAUGACUUUGAUUAAUACACAACUUAAUACGCUGAGAAAAGAUGCUUAUUUUCUACACUGAGCGAAAUAGUUUGGCAAAUUAUCUGAAAUCAUUGUUAUAGUCCAUGCGCAAAUGUUGUAAUGUGAUUUAAUUAAUAAUCAUGAUAUUUACUGUUCGUAGUCCUUUAGAAAAGUAAAUAAAUUUAAUCCUUGGCCGGUUUUGGACGAACAAGAACGAUAUGCACAAAAAUAUCCAGAUCCAGACAUUCUAUUACAACACAAAGAAACUUUGACUUUGACAGAUUACAUGAUUUUGAGUGAUACACAACUUAUUUUCGCUUCUCCUUGAUCGGUAUUCUCGGGUACAACCUCUUAUCAAGUCAAUAAACGAGUGAUUUACAACUUUAUUAAUAUACUAAAUAUAGUAAAAUAUUUAUUUUGAACACAAUUAUUUUACUAUUUAGUUAUAUAUUAUACCGAGUGACACAGAUCGUUUGACUAAUUUUAAAAAUCCUCUUGUAUUUAUAUGAACCUUUGUUUUGGUUGUUUCUGUAUCUGUGAGGAAGGUUUGAUUGCCUCCUCAUCACUUAGGCCAUCACCAAAAAUAGCAAUAGUCAUAAAUCUUAAUUCGUUAAAAUAAUAUUAGUUAGCAAAUAGGAAAGCCAUGAUUUAUAAUUAUUUUAGGUUUAGAUUCCAUAUGACUUAAAAAUUAAUAAUAAAUAAAAAUUAAAAUUUCAUUUUAUAUAAGCGUUUCGAAAGUAAAAACAAAACUAAGUCUGUGUCACCCGGUAUGUAUACAAUUUCUGCGGCAUCUACAAUUUAGCGAAUUUUCAAUUUUAUUACAUGUUUAACCACACGGUAUAUUACUUUUUUGUAUGUCCAAAAUUUUUGAAUUUUAGUUAUUAUUAAAUAUACAGGGUGGAUACUAAGUUUAUACUUUUUUCAACUGUGUGUAAAAGUUAACAUAAACGUCUUUUUCAAGUAACUUUUUCAAAAAACUCAAACAUAAAGAUGAUAAAGAAUUAAGAAAUUUCAAUCCCACCCUAAAUAUGAAUCAUUAAAAUUUACCUGUAUGUAACUUUCACAUACAUUUAAAAAUAGUGUGUAAAUUAGGUGGUAAGAUACAUUAUAAUGAAUUGAUUAUGCAAUUACCGCUUAUUUCCUUUUUUUGUAAGAUGUCGCAGAUUUAAUCAAUAUAAAAUGAAUUUUAUUUGUAAAUAAAAAAAAAAACAUAACUGUAUUUUUGUAAUUUAUGUAACUGAUCGUAGCAUUAUAGAUAUUUUAUUAUAAAUAUAAAAUAUAAUGAAUGUUUGUGAUAUUAAUAUUAUUAAAUAUUCCAUUUUGAUUAGA